GCACCGUACGUUUGCACAGUGGUAGGGGGCGCGUCCUUGUGUCUGACAGGUUGAACUCCUGACCCUAACUGACCCAAUAGUUGUACCCAGAUCCAGCUGUGACCGGUGGAUUGAACUGCGAUCGAGCGAACUGUUCAACAUCAAAUCAGAAAAAAUGAAAGUCUCCGUCAUAGGAGGAGGAAUUGUGGGUAUGACCUCUGCCCUGCACAUCAUGGAGCAGUGCUCGUCUGCGCAUGGGCAGUUGGAGCUGACCGUCAUCUCUGAGAAGUUCUGUCCGGACAAUACGAGUUACGGAGCGGGCGGUCUGUGGAAACCGCCGUCACAGGAACAUAUGAGUGAGGCAGAAUUGAAACGCCUACAGGGUUCCUUUGACUUCUUGACAUCGGUUCUCCGGACAAGCUACGCACAUGAAGCCGGCAUCUUCCUCCAGCCGGGUUACAUCGUCCACAUGGACCCCAUACCGGACCCGGCCUGGAAAGACAUCGUCGUUGGGUUCCGACAUGUCACUCCAUGGGAGCUAACCAACCUGUUUCCUGGUUACAAACAAGGAUGGUUCUACACAGCCUUUAUCUGCCAGCCUAGAGACUUCUUACCGUGGGCAAAGAAAAGAUUGACUCAAAGAGGGGUUAGCUUCGUACAGAGAAAAGUUAACUCAUUGGAAGAGUUGGCGCCACAUUACGAUAUUGUUGUGAACUGCAGCGGCGUGGGAGCGACAAAGCUGGCGAGUGACGAGGCCGUUUCAGCGAGUCGGGGUCAGGUCAUGAGGGUAAAGGCUCCCUGGCUGCGGUACUUUGUAGAGACGGACGGAAAAAAUCCAGUCAUCGACGGCAUACCAUAUAUGUACCCAAAUUUGCACAAUGUAGUUAUCGGUGGAAUCAAACAGACUGGAAAUUCCCGAAUAACAAACGACCCACGUGACACGGACACCAUCUGGAAGGGAAUCUUGGCGUUGAACUCUCAAAUGAAGGGAGCGGAGGUUGUAGAGGAGUGGACGGGUUUCCGCCCCAUGCGGGACGGAGGAAUCCGGCUGGAGAGAGAAACACUGACGGGAACUUCAACAGGGCGGCCACUGGAGGUGGUUCAUAACUAUGGGCAUGGAGAGGCCGGGGUUACGUGGUCACACGGCUGUGCCAAAGAAGUUGCCGACAUCGUGAAAACCAUCAUGGCGGAACGACGUCCAAAAUCUCGUUUAUAGACUAUAGUAAUUCCCUGAAACGAUUUUCACUGCGACGACUGGGUGAAAAAUUUAACGUUGUAUGUACAACUAUUCCGAAUCGAAUGUGGAUAGCGUAUUCUGGAAGUCAAAAUCAGUGCGCAGGCAAAACAAAACUAGAAUGAGACAAAGAAGGUGCCUAAUUUCUUUCAUCUUGCUAAUGGCGACGACUAGCACUGCAAAAAUGAUUGAACAAGAAGAACAUUUGAUGACAUGAUAAAAGAAAUAAUCCGCAAUCAUUGUUUAUUUUUUCAUCGUAUGCCGUUGUUUUGUUUUACAGUGUUUCAAAAUUCCAAACGGAUUAUGUCUAUGUGUAUCAUUAACCUACUCGUUACCUACAAUAUAUUUGAUUUCACCCUGACUUAGCCGCUUCAACCUGAGGCUUGUUGGUCUGGUGUUCAUAUUUUUUUGCAUCAUGAAAGCACGUAAAAGGUCAUAGGAAAUCGUCUCUCCAAGCAGAUGAUGGGUCAAAGAAUGUAAUGUUUUCUUGGUGAUGAUCGGGCUUGUAUGACAGUACCGUAACCCAUAUAAGCAAAUGAACAGCUGAGUAAAAGGCAAAAGUUGUUAUUGGGAAACUCAUAAUGUCUACCAUAAUCUGCUCAUUACGUAUAAUAUCUGAUGUAUACGUGAAUGUAGGCGGCGCUUCGAUGGGCGGACAUGGUGCUCACUUGGGCUCCUUACGUGGUGCCCAAAUAUCCAUAUUUUUAUGGCAACUAAUGUAUUGCAAGCACACACAAUCACAAUUCUACUGUCAAAAGAAAGCUAAUAUAUCAUAAAAUUAGAAUUUUCAUUUAUGUUUGUCUAAAUUGGUCACCAGCUUCCGAAGAGAGCAAAUUCCAAAAGCGGGGCAGGUUAGGGCGCACUGUU